AUGUGCGGACGUUACGUGCUUGCCCUUCGCCCCGCGGAAGUUCGCCGCCAGCUUCAAGAAGCACGCAUGCCGUCCGAAGAAGCUCCUGACGACGACGACAUCCGACCAACCUAUAACUUUGCGCCUGGAUACUACGGACUCGUAUACCGAGCCGAUACACCAGAUACAGGAGCUGGCUCGAGGCAGGAAGAGCACCAUGAAGGUGGCGGUCAGGAGGGGCAAAGAACCGAGCAAGAGGCGGCGGAUGGCGCCGUCGAGGGUCAACCGUCAAAGGAACCGAAGUACAAGCUACAAGCGAUGAAAUGGGGUCUCGUUCCCUUUUGGACGAAGCGCAACCCCGACUAUGGCUCGAUGCUGAAGACGAUCAAUUGCCGCGACGACUCGCUCAUCGAGAACAAGGGCAUGUGGAACACGAUGAAGCAGCGGAAGCGCUGCAUCGUCGUAGCUCAGGGCUUCUAUGAAUGGCUCAAGAAGAAUGGGGGCAAGGAGAAGGUGCCGCAUUUUGUGAAGCGCAAAGAUGGGCAGUUGAUGUGCUUUGCGGGGCUGUGGGACUGUGUGAAGUAUGAAGGCUCAGAGGAGAAGCUGUAUACAUACACCAUCAUCACCACGGAUUCGAAUAAACAGCUCAAGUUCCUUCAUGAUCGCAUGCCGGUCAUUCUCGAUAAUGGCUCGGAUGCGAUUCGGACCUGGCUUGACCCUAACCGCGUGGGGUGGAGCAAGGAGCUGCAGUCCUUACUAAAGCCGUACGAUGGAGAGCUGGAAAUCUAUCCCGUCAGCAAAGAGGUAGGCAAAGUCGGGAACAACUCGCCAUCAUUUAUCGUGCCGUUGGAUAGUACGGAGAACAAGAGCAAUAUCGCCAAUUUCUUUGGCACCCAGAAAGCCGCAGCCAAAGGCAAGGAGCAAAAGAAAGGCGUUGUCAAGGUAGAACAAGACUUGGAGGAGGGAAGCACCAAGAUAGAAAAAGACAGCAACGAGACCCGUGUAACAACUAACCACGAGGGUACCGAAGACAACGCUCCACUGCCGAAACCGCUGAACACGGAUCACACGAAAGGUAUUAAAAGGGAACACGAGGCGGUCGAGGAUGACGGUGACACGGCAGACGUCGCCCCCGAACAAAAAAUUCCGAAGAUCUCCAUCAGUGACACACGGCAAAGCCGAUCGCCGGAGAAGUCCACGCGAAGGACAAGGAGUGCUACAAGCAAUGGGACGGCUGCGAAGAAUGGCCCUGCCAAGAAGUCUGAUGGUAGCCAGAAGAUUACUGCUUUCUUCGGCAAGUAG